AUGGACUCCAUUACAAUAUAUGCAAUCUCAUUAUGUGGCGUUUUUGUUGCAGUCUUCCUUGUCGCUAACCUAUUACCCAUUUCCAUUCGCCUUCUUAAGUGGUUCUGUCGGGUGGUAUCUCGAUCCUUACUGGUUAUUUUUCACUACACACACUAUCGGCAUGUGAUUAACCGCCAUUCUGCUGUUGGUCCAUGGGUCUUGUCUGCUGUUCUUGCCAACAUCGCGUACAUAGUGGGCAACAUCAUCUGCCUGAACCCUCAGGCGGAAAAUGUUGUCACGCGAGCUGGAUUAUUAUCCCUCAUCAAUAUGGCGCCCCUCUUCCUAGGUUCUCACCUGAGCUCCCUUGCUGACCUCUUCGGUUUACCCCUGAGGACGUUUCGGCACAUCCACCGGUCCUGUGGCCUCAUGUCGGCGGCCCUGGUCCUUGUGCACGCCGUUCUGGUGGCCACCAAGCAGGGCUCGUUCUCGAUGAACAAUUUGCCGAAUAGACUCGCCGUUACGGGUGCCAUAGUUCUUGUUGGGCUCGUCAUUCUAUCGGCGCCUCCACUGAGGAGACGUUGGUAUGAAUUCUUUCUUCGCACUCACCAAGCUCUAGCUAUUGUCUUUGCAGUGUGCACUGUCGUACACCUUCGCUCAAUUCCCAAAUAUCCUUGGCUCCCUAUCUAUAUAUUCGGAACCGUAUGUGGUGCUUUGUCUCUCGUUCAACUUGGGCUGUUUACGUAUCGAAAUGUUCGACCGGGGAGCCUCAGACCGUACAUCAAAACGCUCAGAGAGAUUCAAGACAGCGGGGUCAUUGAAGUAACACUGAGUUUUCCAAGGCCGCUACUCAUUGACGCAGGCCAUUAUGUCAAUAUAUGGGUUCCAUCAGUAGGUUUCUGGUCGACCCAUCCCUUUACUGUGGUCUCCUGGUCACCUGUGGCGCAGACAACUAUCGGUUUGUUGAUUGAGCCGCGAAGCGGUUUCACAAAUAAACUGCUCCGUUGUGCUAAGCUGGAGUCUGGCCAGCAUCUAGCUCGCCAGGUCCUCUUCAGUGGGCCCCAUGGUAGAUGUUUGCGCGUAUGGGAGUUCAAGACUGUUAUCAUGUUCGCGACGGGGUUUGGUAUAGCAGCGAUGAUACCGCAUGUGAAGAAGCUCAUUUAUGGCAAUAUCCUGGGCAAGGGCUUUAUUAGACGAAUCCGUCUAGUGUGGCAAGUUGAAAACAGCAACUUGCGAAAGGGAAUCGAUACCUUCAUCAACGACCUCCUCUUCGCUGAUGCAUCGGAGGACAGCUAUGUCCUAAGUAUCUCUAUUUAUGAUCCAACUUGGAAGAUAGAAGAGAGCCUUGGCGAGCACCAGCGUGUCACCAUUUUGCCAGGCCCUCUAGACAUUGACGAAGUCAUUAGAAGUGAGGCUACGGCCAAGUUCAUCACGGAUUCAAAGCUGAAAAAGAAUUUCACCCAAGCUGGCGGCAGAACUCUAGUACUCAUGUCCGGUAGUGGAGCGAUGAGGGACAGCGUCCGUCGAGUCACUCGAAACUACCUGACGAAGGGGUUUGAGUUGAGGGAAUUAGACUAUCAACCAGAGACAUGA